AUGUUGCAACAUCAUCAACACCAGACACAAUCCGCUGGCUACUAUGACUACAAUCAGGCGCCUCAGAGCCCCAGCAGCCUGACCAAUGCGGAUGCUCUCAAUACAACACCAUUCUCCGUUAAGGAUAUACUCAACAUGGUCAAUCAAACGGAGGCUUACGAAGGUGCCUAUGGCCAUCUGGAAAGCGCUGCGGCAGCCUCGGCGCUCUAUGGCGCCGGCGAGUACCAGCAUCAACAUCAACUGCAACAGCAACAUCAACAACAACAACAGCAGCAGCAGCACCAGCAACAGUUGCAGCAUCAUCUUGUUGAGCAGGAGGAGGAUGCUUUGGCUACGUCAUCCUUGUCGCCGCUGCUGCCACCGCCACAUGGUCAUCACCAUCAGUUGUAUGCCAGCUAUCACCAGGACUACGGCAUGCCCACACACAUGCUCCAGCAUCCGCAUACACAUCCGCAUCCGCAUCCACAUCCCCAUCAGAGCUAUCAGACGGCAUAUGCGAAUGUAGCCGCGUCGCCGUUCUAUGCCGGACCCACAGCUGGUGCCUAUCAGAGCCCCGCCGGCUACAAUUACAAUUACAGUGGUUCGGGGGAUGUCUAUGCCAGCAGCUCCUCCUCCAUUAUUGCCACAGUUCCGUCCGCCGCUGUUGCCAUCAAGAGCGAAUAUAUACCCACCCCGUAUGUCACGCCGUCGCCCACCCUCGAUCUGAAUAGCUCCGCGGAGGUGGAGGUGCAUGCCCCAACGCAUAAGCUGAACGCCAAUGGCAUCGCGCAGCGGUUGCACGAACCGAGGGGUCUCAACGGAGCUGGGGAGUGCGCCAAAAGAAAGGAGAGCCAUGUGACGUCAUCCCGCUCCGAGUUGCGCAAAAACAGCAGUGGAAACAGCAGCGGGAACAACAACAACAACAAUAAUAAUCAUAAUAAUAACAAUAAUAAUGUGUCUGGUAAACCGCGAAUGAAACGCAAGCCACGUGUUCUGUUUUCGCAGGCACAGGUCCUUGAGCUGGAGUGCCGCUUUCGCCUGAAAAAGUAUCUGACUGGUGCGGAGCGUGAGAUUAUUGCCCAGAAGCUGAAUCUGUCGGCUACACAGGUGAAGAUCUGGUUCCAGAAUCGACGCUACAAAUCCAAGCGUGGCGACAUUGAUGGCGAGGGCUACGUGAAGCAUCUGAAGAUGAAGCCGGAACCGUUGCAGUCGCCAACUUCAGCCUCGUCGCUGCCACCGCCGCUGCCCAACCACAUGAUGUGGCCACCAACUGCGCAGCAGACGCAGCAGCUGCAGCUGCAGUAGCCGGGAGCAGUUAUUUAAAUUCUAACUUAUUACAAUCUACGCAGAUCUGAUGUUUUAGCUAACGAAAAUGCCUCAUAACUCUAGUACCUUCUUG